AGCGACUACGGUUAAUAACAACGUUGAGUCGGCAACUCCGCAGUCAGACGGGCACCGGCGACCAACACGCAUCGGCAGCGACGCGUUGCUCUGAUAAAAGCGGCAGCAAAGAAUACGAAAAAAGUUGAAAGAAAACAUAUGUAGAAAUACGCUAAUAUAUAUUGUAUAGUACGUUAGUCGGUAUCAGUCGCGAGUUUCUCGGCAUUAUAACAAAAUAAACGAAAUGAACUGAUACCAAAUCGAGUUGUUGUCGCAACUGCAACUGGCCACGAUUACUGAUUGUCAUUGAAAAAGGUGCAGCAGCAAUUAUCAUUGAACCGGCGACCAGCAACAGCAGAUACCCACGAUCCUUGAACAACAUGAGCAACACCAUGACCGCCGCCCAUGAGCCGACCAUGCACUAUCUGGACAGCAUCUUGAAUGAGGAGGAGAAGCGCUGCGAUCAAUACUCGCAUCAAUGGCGCAAUUUCACAAUAUCACGCUCGGGCCGCUUCAGGUCGAAGAACAAGAAACGGGACGUGGUCGACGGGAAACUGUUCGAUGGCAAGGAAAAUGAUAAGAUCUCAGCGCGCAAUACAACCAGCGCCAUGUCCAAAUCAUCCUGCUCCUAUAAUACAAAUACAACAACUGGCGGCAGUGCAGCGACAACAACGGGAACGUCCUCGGUGCGAAGUCAACGUGACAAAACGGAGAGCUAUAAAAGUUUUUACGAAACAAAUUUAUAGAUAGUGCCGGGAGCUAUAUACAUUCUGACAUAUGCAUGCAUUUACGUAUAUAUAUAAAGCCUUAAAUAUAUGUAUAUAUAUGUAUAGACAUAUGUGUCCCCUAUAUAGCAUUUGUAUUACGCUUUAUUAAAUCAACCUAAGAGUUUAUUGCACAACGUGUGGACUAUAUAAAUGUGCAAAAUUCGCAACAACAAAAAAAUAAAAACAAAAGAACACGACGAAAAAAACAUACAAUAACUGCAACAACA